AUGCUGCGGUGGAUGUCGCUGCUGCUGCUACCGCACCGCAAGGGCGCAGCGUUGGACACCCGCCGACUUGUCCCCCAACGACACAUAACACCCCGGCGUGCUCUGCGCCGCGGUGCGUUGUUGGCGGAACUGGACAGGCCGCAGCACCCGCACGCCAGCGGGACGGCAGCAGUGGAAGUUGGGAACAAAGCGGUGGCGGCAGGGCUAGAGGGGAUCGGUGCCACAAAGGUGGAUGCCGCUGUUACAUCAUUAUCAUCAUCAACGUCAGCACGUAGCACGGACGCGUUCCUAAUCCCUUCUCGCCAUGCAAGGAAACUUGAGAGAGCGGCGAUGUCUGUGAAUCCCUCAGCACAGCAAUCAUCGUCUGCUAGACGUGCUUCGGCAGACGAAGACGGUGUCAACUCUUCACAGCGGGUCAUGUCGUUAGACGCACUGGUAGCACAACAAACAGCACUACGCGAGAUGUUCAAUGAGGCCGAGCGGCGCUGCAUCCGCCUGCGGAAAGACAUGGCGUGCCUGCAAGAGGAGCGGCGCGCCUUUCACCUUUCCCACAACCGCGCGCCAUCAGACAAGGAGGUGAGUCCUUUCGUUGACGUUGCGCUGGCACCGACAGCGGCACUGAAGCUUGUGAAGCACCUGUCGCCACGCUCCAGUGCACGCGAAGCGGUGGAGCACAGCAUCAGACUGCAGCAGAGCGUGGCGAAGAGUAAGUUGGUGCAGAGCGGGGAGCAAACUCUCUUCCGGUGUCUUCGCUGCUUCUCCGUGUAUGCCGCGCGGCCUCGGACGCUGUUGCGCGACGAGGUGGCGCACAGCUGGCUGCAAUACGAAGUGGAGAAGAAGAAGGUCACAGAGGCAAGGGAAUUGGCCCAAAGACCUCACCUGCGUAAGCGGAAAUAUAGUUUAGGUCGCCAACGAGAGGCGCGUGCCAGAGACCCACGCUGCUGCCCGAUGUGCGGCAGCCCGAAGGCCCAAUGGCUGAUGGAGUACGUGCACCACCGCACCCACGCAUGA